GUAAAGUUUAUAAUAAUAAAAUAAUGGUAAGCUUUAAUAGAAGCUUAUAAAAAUGAACUCAAAUGAACUAAUCUGAAGUUAUUUAGUUUGCUCAAGCACCCUUCGGAAUUCGACCAUUGAAAAAGAUCCUCUUUGGAUUUUAUGGUUGUCUACUGUUUACCUCUAGGUUUGAAUCUUUGUUCUGUUGCCAUACUAGAAUGUGCUUUGUGAGUGUGACGGUCGUUGUCAAUUUUGAAGGUUUUUCUAUUGAUGGUAAGCAUUUGUAGAAACAUUAAUUAUAAUCAUGGCUGAGACACUUAAAAAUGGGUUUUCAGUUGUCACUCUCAAGAAAUUACUAUCACAAAACUCUGAAAAGUUCUCAGAAGACUUUGCAAGGUGUAUAAAAGACUCUUAUAAGAUGAAAAAAAUAGAAGAAAUCAUUACAUCUCGAUUAGAGCCAAAAGACUUGAUGGUUGUAUUAGCAUUGCUUACAAGAAUUCCUUGGUCAAUUUUUAAUUCUGCUAAAACCAACAUAUUAACUCUUCUUACUGCUGAUGAAUUCUAUGAUAGUUUAAUAAGAUACGUGUUGAACAAUAUUGAAAAUAAUUGUUAUAACAGUGAUGAAUAUAUGGCUCUAGUAAGGUUCUACGAAAUUCUUGUUACCUACUUACCCAUUUGUGAAGAUACAUAUGAAAAAUUUUUGACCUUAUUUGAAAUGACUUAUAAGUGCUUGGAAAAUUUUGUUUUAAAAUCACCCUGUGAAAAGCUGUUAUAUGAAAGAUUAGAGGAGUUAGUAAAAUUGUUAAUUUUUAAGGCAUACUACCGUGAAAGAAAUAAGUGGCAUUAUUCUUACAUGAAUAUAUACCCAAGUCCUGUUGAUUUCUUUGAAAACAGAAAUUUGAAGCCUAACAUUAUCCAAGGAUCUUAUGAUAGCACGGAUCAUUAUUUGGAUCUUCAUUUCAAAAUUCUAAAAGAAGAUUUUGUUUGUGCAGUUAGACAGGGAAUAGAGCAAUAUAGGUCAGAGAUAUUCGGAGGGAAAGUGAAGAGAAAUUCUUUACUACAUUUGUAUAAAAAUGUUUCUUCUAUUGGGAUAUCAAUAGACAAAUAUAAUCUGAAAUCAAAAAUUUACCAUCAUAUAAUUUUUUCCGAUGAAGAUAAAAUAGCACUGCAAGAAGAUAAUUUUCAAGUUACAAAAAAAUUUAUGACCGGUUCUUUGCUAUUUUUCACACGCAAUGAUUUCACAACAUUUGUUGUAGCGACAGUAGAAGAUAAUGGCGAAAGAAAUGAUUGUGUCAAUAAACAAUUCAAUGGCAUCAAGGUGUCUGUCAUAGGAAAUCCUUAUCAAUUGAAAAUUGGCAAGCAGUACAAUAUGAUUGAGCCUGUAACGUUCUUUGAACCCUAUUACCAAUCGUUAAAAACUCUCCAAACAAUGGAUCCCAUCUAUUUUCCUUUAAAGGACAACAUUGUUUUUGCCAAUAUGAAACCAAUAUCAUCCGGCAUCAAAUUUUCAAUUGCUGACAAAGACAAGCUGAAUCCAUCUCAAAUAGUUGCUCUAGAAGCUGCUCUUUCUCAAAAAUUCACUAUAAUCCAAGGCCCUCCUGGAACUGGGAAGUCUUACUUAGCUAGGUUAAUAAUCAACACGCUCAUAAAAAGCCGUGAUCCUGCUAAUUAUCCCAUCUUGGUUAUCUGUGUUAGAAAUAACGCAUUAGAUCUUGUCUUAGAGCCAUUGGUCAGUUCGAAUGUGAAAAUAGUUCGUUUAGGAAGCCAAAGCAAGAGUGAAAUAUUAACAGAAAUGACCCUGCAAAAACUAAGAAAAGAAUGGAUGGUGUCUUGUGGUUCCAAACAGUUACUUCUUUCUAAAAUCAACCAGUACAGAAAGAUUAUUCUAGAUCCGAAAAAUGUAAAUCGUCCUGAUUCUAUUGAAACUGCUGUGCAAGGUUAUUCAGCCGCUUCUGAUUCAUUAAAUAGUCUCCUGCAGUAUUAUGACGCCAGGCAGAUUUUGUCAAGCGGAGUGCAUGUAAUUGGAGCAACAACAGCAGGUGCAGCUAGAUACCGCAAGAUGCUGUCCUUCAUAAAACCGAGAGUUGUUAUAAUAGAAGAAGCUGCUGAAGUGAUGGAACCAUUAAUCAUAUCAUCAAUUCCAGAAAAAUGUGAUCAUGUUAUUCUAAUAGGCGAUCAUUUGCAGUUGCAACCUACCCCAGCGUGGCAUCCAUCAACGAGCAAAUACAAGAUGGAUGUCUCUCUAUUUGAAAGAAUGAUCAACAAUGGAAUGGAGUACUAUCAAUUGAAAGAGCAGCAUCGUAUGAGGCCUGAAAUAGCAUCGCUCAUAUCUCCUUUAGUUUAUCCAGAUUUAUUAAAUCAUCCAUCUGUUUGCAACUAUCCAGAUGUUCGAGGAAUGGCAAAAAAUUUAUUUUUUGUCGAUCAUAACAUCAGAGAAGAUAGAAUAGAGGACGAUAGUGAAAGUCAUUGGAAUUUUCAUGAAGCAGAUUUUCUCCUUUCUUUGGCUAAUUAUCUGGUUAAACAGGACUACGACCCUUCAGAAAUAACAAUCCUCGCUACCUAUGCAGCUCAGCAGACGUAUUUAAAGCAAGCCAGUGAAGAUCCCUUUUAUGCCGGAAUGAGAGGUGUACAAAUUCAAGUUGUCGACAAUUAUCAAGGAGAAGAAAACAACAUUAUUCUCUUGUCAUUGGUUAGGAGCAAGAGUCCAACGAUUGGCUUUGUUGCUAGAAUGAAUAGAAUAAAUGUUGCAAUAUCGAGAGCCAAACAUGGCCUUUAUAUUGUUGGAAAUAUGAAAACACUUCAAAGUUGCUGUGAUAGCUGGAAGAAAAUAAUAAAUAUCUUGAGGUCGAAAAAAUCAAUAGACAAUACUCUUCCAUUGCAAUGUGGGACGCAUAAGAAAAUAACAAAAGUUUCAAGACCUCAGCAAUUAUUUAACUGUAUAUAUGGAGGCUGUGAUUUGCCUUGUGGAUUCAAGUUAAAAUGUGGCCAUAUUUGCCCUUAUCCUUGCCACGGUUCAUCCAAAUUGCAUAAUGAACCAUGUCUUCAGCCAUGUUUAAGAUAUAAACAGUGUGGUCAUAAGUGUAAAGAUAAAUGUUUUGAAGAUUGUGAAUCAAAACCUUGUAGACACAAAGAAAGUUUCACCCUCAGCUGUGGCCAUAGUGCUGUUUUGGCUUGCUCUUUUGACUUCAGUAGUUACCUAUGUAUAGAGCCCUGCAACAAAUUGAUGUCCUGCGGAAGACACAGAUGUCAGAACCCAUGCUUCCAGGAGUGUGGCCCGUGGCCUUGUAUGGAGCUCAUCGAACACACGUUUCCUUGUGGUCAUUCUGAAUCAGUCGAGUGCUCUGUGAUCAGCUUUUACAAAUGCAUGAAGGAGUGUAUCAAAAUCUGUACUUAUUGUAGCAUUGAGGAGAUCACUGGUGAUACAAUUGGAGUUCCUGCGGAAUCCACAGGUGUAUAAAAUCCUGCAACGCAAAAUGUGGACUUUGCCAGGUUAUGGUACAGACUGUAUUGGAUUGUGGUCAUGUAGUUAAAUUACCAUGCUCUUAUGAAAAAAAUGAUGCGUCUACAUGGGGAAGCUAUGGCUUGUAUCGUUGUUUAGUGGAAGUUGAAGAAAUUUCUGAACAUUGCCAACAUUCAUAUUUUCAAAAAUGUCAUGAAAAGACUGAGGGUAUAAAGUUUAGAGGAAAAUGUGUUAUUGGAUGUUUUCAAAAUCGUGACACCCAUUGCAACAUUUUCUAAUUUUUAAUUUAUAUAGUUUAUAAUUGUGAUAAUCUAUAUUAAGUAUUAUUAUUUCUAAUGCCUUUAUCGAGAAGUGGCCUAUAAACUAUGGAGGAAGUUUAUUGCUCUGAAUGAAGAAACAUAAUUGUUUUCACUUUGAUUUGUACAGUAACUCCAUUUAAUAGGUUCAGAUUCCUACUGCAACAUUUGUUAAUUUUAUAUACCUAUAUUAUCUCAUUGUAAGGACUUUACUGUUUUUGAUUCUAAAGCCUCCAUAAAGAAAAAUGAUUUUAAGCCAUUUCUCAGCUGUUUUUUGUUGUGUUUUUUUCCAGUCUAUUAUGUUAUAAUUAUUGUUAUUAGUAAUGUUAAGACUAAAGAAGAAAACAGUUACCGUCCUUUUAGUUUAGUCCCAUUGAGCCAAAUCUGUGAUAAUUCUUAGUCACUGAAUUGUAAUAUUAGGGAACAUUUACUAUUGGUUCAUGAAUUUUGGUCCUCAUGUGCCAUUAGCAUUAUUUUGUGUAUUAGUGGACCUUUUUUAUUAUUGCAUAUGUUUAAUGCAAUUAAAUCUUUAUAUGGUUGUAAUAAUAGUUUGUAAAAGUGAUAUUCCAUAUAAUUUUGAUUUUGUUUAUGUAUGAAAAACAGUUAAAAUGAUUCAUAUUUUUUAAAAUUUGUACAUGAAAAUAGUAAGUAGUAGAUAUACAAGUUUAGUUCCUAAUACAAAAAGUGUUGAGUGAAUAAUGAGUAUUUACAAAACUCUUAUGUUAAAAGUGAUUAAUCAGAAGACUGAUUAUUACAUAAGAAUUUACUAAGUAUUAAAUAAAUUUUGUUAAAUCGAAUUACAAUUAAAUAAAAAUAAUUUGAAGUUGUUAGUGAUAUGGUCUAUAACAGGUUCAGUAUUUUAAGCACAAUUGAGUGACUUUGUUAGUAGUUAUAUAAAAAAAAUAAACUUGAAAUGUAUUUUAAAUAAAUUUUCCUAAUUCUUAAAUAUUAGAAGCUGCUUUUUUUUUUUAUUUUUUUUUUUUAUGAGUUUGGUGCUUAUGAUACUCUUCUUGUUUUUGGUUCAAAUUUUAAAAUUAAUGUUUUGUUAUACGUUGAUGUAAUCAAUCUGCUGUCAGUAUUAAAUAAAAUAUGCUGUUGUAAAUGGCAAAGGAAUCAUUUGAUCCAUUAUUUAGUGAAAUAAUAUUUAUUAUUGUGUUUAAAGGAUUACAAAAUGUGUUAUGCCUUAAUCGAUAAGUUUUGACAAGAUGUAUACUCUAUUAAAUAAUAAAGAUUACCUAUAUUUUUAUUGUCUUCAUGUUUUUUCAAUAACUUUAGCUAUACCAUUCAAAUACAAAAAGAAAGCUUAAUAAUGAUUUAUAUCUUCUGGUUAAACUUAACUUUUUCUCUUAUAUUUUAAAUAUUAAAACAUCCUUAUUAAAAUAAUACUCAAUUUUAGAUAUGCGGAAUAUCAAACAGUUCAGAAAAAUAACUGUAUAUGUAUAAAACUAAUAAUGUCUAUUGCUCUUGGUGUAAAAAUAAUUAUGCAUAUUUUAUCAUUUUUAUUUUCAUAAGAAUUAUUAAUCUGAUUGGGUAUAGGAGAAGGAACAUGAAAAUAACAAAUAUUGAAAUAGUACAACUUGGUGAAGGAUAAUUGUUGGAAAUAUUGUUGAUAAUUAGAAGUGUAGAUAGAUCCUUAGCAACUCGAUAUCAAACCAGAAAACAUUUUUGAGAUCUCAAAGAUAUUACUAACACACAGUAAAACUAUAGUCGUAGUGAUAAAAAAAAAUUGAGGAAGUUAAAAGAAGCCUAUAAAUAUAAGAAGUGGUUAGAAUUGAGACUGUGGUGGCCAAAAACUGCUCGCUUUAUUUAACAUUCUUGAGCCUAGCAGCACAGGUUGAAAUUCAUUUUAUAGCAGACCCUGUGAAUGAAUCUUGCUAGACCUUCUGGUUAGGUUGUACUUAUUGAAAAACAUACGAGCGUUCACUGUAAAAGUGGGUGAUUAGAAUGAUAGAAUGACUGUUCUGUUUUUGUUAAGAAAGUGUAUUAUCAGUAUAUGUACUUAAAUUAAAUAUAUACAUUAUACAUAUAUUUGUUAAUUAUUAUGAUAAAUUUUAUGGAUGCUGAGGGCUUAAAUGGUUCGUGGACUGUGAAUUAUUAAGGAUCUAAUAAAUGGCAUUGAUACAUUAAAUAUUAUGUUUAAUCCAAGAAUAAUUUUAUAAGUGAAUUAAAAUUAAAAUAAAUUAUUAUUAUUUCUUGAUACAGUCUUCUCUCUGUAUAUAAUGAUGCUUCAUUAUUUUGAUACUGAUAAGGUUACUUCACUUGAAGGUGGUUUUCCUCUAGGUCUAUGCUUCCCUGAUAACGAUGAACAAGCUCUCUCAAGAGCGUUCUGGAAUAGACUACCUGUCCUGGAGAGCUGAGUGGUGAUUGGGUUUUUCCCUCCACAGUACUUCCAACUCCAACGUAUUUUUUUAAUUUUGAUAUUUAUAUUAAAUAAAAUCAUAACAUUUUAUAUAUUUGUUAUGAUUUUUAUUUUAUCAAGUAUUCAUAUUCAUAAAUAUAUAUUGGAGUGAGAGAUAUACUGGCAAGGAGGAUCCAAUGCCCUUAAUCUCAUCCCAGUCUUCUGGCUGUUGGUCAGGAAGCACUGUCUGUUCCAGAGCCCUCUCGAGAAAACACGUUCACUGGAGUCAGGCGAGUGAGUAUAAACUUAUAUGCGAGUGUAAACUUAUAUCUGUUUUAUUUAAAUUCACUUGUCAUAAAACUUGUUUUUAGAUCCUUAAUAAUUAACAGUCCACUAACUAAGCCCUCAGCAUAUAAUAAAUUAUCAUAACAUACAGAAAAUUUUUUAUUUAUUUAUUUAUGUUCAUGCAAAUUUGAUAACAUGAAAUCACUUGUUGAGAAACUACCCACUGGUAGCACUCUAAAAACAAAAUGUAUUUACAAUAAGAGAUCUCGGGGCCAUCUUCUUUUCAGACGCCUCGGAGAGUUGUCAGGAAUUGAACAGGAAGCAAGGUUAGAGACGAGAGGAUUCGGAUGGUUCUGAAGUUUAUUAUGGAAGAAUUGGUAUCUGGAUUGGGCCAAAUCGGAAACAUAAGGAACAUUAAGGUCAUUAUGGAUUAUUUUAUUGAUGACAAAGUAAGGAGCAUUGAGGAUUUUCCGAAGGAUUUUGGAUUGUAAGGAUUGGAUACGAGAGGAAUUCGAUGGCUUAAUGGAGCCCCAAAGUUCAACUCCGCAAGUCCAAAUAGGUCUUAUUGUAGUCAUGUAUAUAAGUCUUUCGUAAUUAACUGGAAGCUUAGAGCGUUUGUCUAAUAAGUGUUGGAGUAGUUGGAAACGUCGAGCGGUUUCUUGUCGUUUCAGUCUGGUAUGAGGAUUCCAAGUUAGAAGUUUGUCCAAGGUAUUGGAUUUGUUCAACAGGGAUAAGUGGGGUAUUAUUAAAGGAUACAGUGGGACAUGAGGUCAUAGGUUUACGUCGAAGGGUAAAGUAUAGAAAUUUAAAUCAUUAUUUAUUUUUAAUAAUAUAAGAAAAUUUUGCU